AUGGACUCGGACUCUUCACUCCUUCUGGACAAAUCUAGCCGCUAUAAUCAAUCUUUACUUGUGAAACUUUCUGAAUCAGUAAAUUCCAAAUAGGAAAUUAAAAAUAGCGAAUUAACUGCUGCAUGCUUAGCCCGGGAUUCUGAGAUUUUGAGGCUCGAAAAUAAAAUCUACGAAUUAUCUUCGGCUCUUAAGAAAUUAGAAAACGAAAAAUCAUUGCUUUUAGUCUCUGCGUCUACACAAACACAGGAGAUUUUUGGGCCGCAUCGCAAUGAAAACUGCGAAAAAAAUUCAAAUGAAAAGAAUUUGCUUAUUUUGAAAAUAAAGAGCUUACAGCCCUCCGUGAGCAAACAAAAAAAUUUGCUCUGUUGAUUUUUUUUGAGAAAAUGUAUAUAUAAACUUUCAGUAAUUUUUUUUUCCAAUUUAAAAAUUUUCCAUAUAUAAAAAUUAAUUCAAUUUGUAAAAUUUAUAUUUUAAAAUGCAAGCUGUUUAAAAUUAACAGAAUAGCUAUAGAUUUCAUUAUAAUAAUUAUCAAUUAUCUAUCAAAAUUAUUUUUUUAUAAAAAAUUUUGUUCUCUCACGGAGGGUGGGUAUUACCAAAUAGGAUUUUUCCAGUGGUUAUUCACUCACGGAGGUGGGAAGUUAGAAAAAUCCUUAUUGGAUUCUGAAGCCAUGUGUGAUGAAUUAGAAGAAAAGCUGAGAGAAAAAGAAAAAGAAAUAACGAAACUUAAAUUGCAGAUAAAAGAACAAGAUUCAACUAAUGAAUCUUUAUCUUAUGUAAAAGGAAACUCUACAGACAGAUCAUUAAAAAACAAUAACGACUGGAAAGAAGGAACAUCACCAAGGUCAUUAUCUCAUAACGUAAAGUCAAAAAGUACAAAAAAAUUAUCCGUACCUAAACUAUCCCUCAUCACAAUAAUCAAUGCUCAUAACUCAAACGUAAAUUUGCUGAGUGCUUCGCCUAAAAACGAAUGAAAAAUGGGCUACUACUCCCCAAUUUAUAAAAGUUUGAGAAAUUCGCCUGUGAAAUUGGUACACAAGAAUUAG